AUGCACGCAAACGAGUUAACAGUGACGUUCCUGCGGAGCAUAAACCAAGACGGGGUCGUGGUGCGGAACACGCUGACUCCUUUUCAGCAGAUAUGUCAAGGGAUGGAAGAUGUGUUGGGCGAUGGAGGGAUCCUGAAAGAGAUCUUCCUGAAAGGAGAGGGUCCACCUGUGCCUCGAAAUGCUUCAGUAUUGCUCGAAUACUCUGGUUAUCUGGAAUAUGCUAACAAACCUUUUGUAACUACCGUAAACUUCAAACACCCCAAGAUGUUGAAGUUGGGGAGAGAUGUGACAAUGGCUGGACUGGAAUUGGGUCUCUUGACCAUGACGAAAGGCGAGCAUUGUCGUUUUCUCUUCCAGCCCCAGUAUGCCUACGGAGCCAUGGGUUGUCCUCCGUCCAUCCCAGCUGCUGCCUCGGUCCUGUUUGAGGUUCGGGUCCUCGACUUCCUUGACUCGGGACAAAUGGAUGCGUUUACUGCGAUGAGUCUGGAGGAGCAGAGCACCGUUCCUCUGCCUGGAUUCCUUGAAGUCAUCACUACAAUGCGCAGAUUUGGAAACCGUUGCUUCGACCAGAAGAGAUUUGACAAUGCCAAAGAUCACUACAAACAGGCAGUGAGGCUGCUGGGAAAAAGGAAAGCACAGAGCAGUGCAGAAAGAUCAAGUAUAAAGAUGGCCCUGUUUCCUCUUUAUCUGAACCUCUCUGUCACUGAGCUCCGCCUGGAAAGUCCGGCCAAAGCCUUGAAACAUGGCCAAAAAGCUUUGGAGAUGGACUCUUCCAACACAAAAGCUCUUUUCCGCUGUGGACAGGCUUACCUGGAGCUGCUCGACUAUGAAAACGCUCAGAAGUGCCUCACAUAUGCUCAACUAUUGUGCCCGUUUGACAGGGACAUCAACAACCUCCUGAGAAAAGUGGCAAUAUGCUACAAAGACAACUUGGACAAAGAGAAAAGCUUCUACUCCAAAAUGUUCAGCAAGCUGAAUGACUGA